AUGCUAAGUCACAGUUCAAGUCGAAAUUUUGAACCUCCUGAAAUUGCGAUAAGAGAAGACCCUAAUAAAUCAAAAACAAGAUCCCCAAGUAACUCACAAGUCUUAUCAAAAAAUCCAUCAAUGAACUCAAAAGCUAUGAAUGAACUCUAUAAUACUCGGAAUAUUGAUCGUCCUGAAAUUUCAAUAAAGGAAAACUCUGGUAAUGCAAGUGUCAAGUCGCUAAGCCACUCCCAGGUUUUGUCGAAAAGCCCACAGAAUAACUCCCAAAGCUUAAACUAAUAUAGGCUGGUGGUUGCCUAUUGGUAACGCAACCACUAAGGAUCCCUGCAAAGGAUUCAUACUCUUUGGGACGUUACCAAGGACAACUUGCUCGAAUGAUCUGAUGAUGUAGCGUAGCCAAGGCUCAGACACCACCCUUCUUAUCCUUCAGCGACUACUAUCAUAGUCAUCUGAAGUAUAGUUCUAUGUCUUCGUCUCCUCCUUGCCUUGUCGGCUCCAGUAUUAAGUUGGAAGGCUAUGGAUUCUGCACUUUCUGUUUGAGUACACUACUAAAAAAGGAGUUCCCUGGUAAAAAUGAAAAAAUCAAAGCUUAAGACAUAACUUUCAGUUUCAUACUAGAAAAUACCCGAUUUGUCUAGGGAUUGCCUGCAGACGAUGCUGUGCUUUCUCUUUCCAGCUCUGAACCCAGCCUUUGUAGUAAAAUCCAAUCCUGAACGAGGCUCUGUGCAUUACUAGAAUUGCUUAUCUCAUUUCUGAGUUGGCAAAACCUCACCGAUAUGAUUAAAUAUAUGCUCGAGUCUGUAUUCCCCAAGUAGCAAUACCCGGGCCAAACACCAUAUUUAUUUAUGAAUAACUCCAAAGCAGCGAACGAGUCUAAAGGCUUGAUGACAAACCCAUCAGUUUUCAGUUUAAAACGAGCUGGAAACAGUAUUGUUCAAAGCGCAAAAGAUUUAAAUUCUUUUACUCUCACGAAGCCAAUAAACACAGACACAAUGAACCCCAUCCUUAUCACAAGAGGAAACGGAACUGUCAGAGGAUCAGCUUCCCGAUAUACAAUGUCAAAAGCCUCACCUUCAAAAGCAGCAAGAAGUGAAAAUAUUGAUGAGGAAGAAGAGUUUUUAGAUAAUUAUUAUAAGCAGAUUGCUCCUAAACCUAAGCAGCCGGAAUGGCCAAAAGAAUGAAUGAUUCGUUCUAUUUUCGCAAUUUAUUUUAAAAGUGAAGGCUAUAGUUCUGAAAAAAGAUAUUAUGGAAUGCCAAAUGGGAUAGGGAUUCUAUUGAACGAAAACUUGUGCUUGACUGCACACUCUGUGAUUCCUGAAGAAGAAAUCGCUAUUAAUUGCUAUGCACAAUUCAGAGGCGGCGAAAUUUUCAAAUUUGAUCCUUACCGCUGUUUUGUAACUUCUAUAGAAGAUGGUUUCACCAUUAUAGCAUUUAAAGCACAUACAGCAACAGCUUUAAGAUACUUCAGGCCUAUCAGAAUUAAAGAAGAAUUCGAACUUAAAAUGGACGACCUUGUCUUUUACUUCCCCUUUGAUGAGUACACUGUCAAAAAAGUCCUACUUCUAGACGAAAACAAGUUUACCUUUACGUCAGGAAAAAAGGAGUAUAUUUGGUCAAGCACAGGUAGCAACCCUACACCCCCACCCCCCCUAAAAAUGGUACCCCCACCCCCCUUUCACAGAUGGCACCCCCACCCCCCCUCUCGGGUUUAUUCUAUAGAUAUAAUUGAUAGGAAACAAGCAAAAUAAAUUAAAUAUAACCCAAUUAAAACACUAUAUUGAUAAAUUAAGUCCACAAAUUACUUUAUAUUUAUGAUUAAUUAAUAAAUUUAAAUUAAUAGCAAUUAAUUAGAAAAUAUAUUAAAUUUGUUUUUUAUAUUUAUAAAUAUAAUGCCAAAGAUAUAGAUAAUGGCAUUAAUUAUUAAAUGAGCCAAGCACAACACAAUAAAUUGCAUUAAAUUUAUUGAUUCAUACAUUAAAGCUAAUCUAAUAUCCAUUGUAUAAGGAUUGCAGGACUGAAUUGGUAACAGGAUUCAAUAGUGGUAAUAAAAAAUAGUAUUUGCUAUUGUCAGUUUUACUUUUGGAUCUCUAAUUCGACUUUUAGCCAUUAUUCCACAAAGUUCAUAAAUAUAUGCAGGAUAUAUUGCUAAUUAAUACCAAAGAUCAAAUUUUUAUAUGUGGUGUGCUUAGUAGUUAUAGGAAAUUCUCACCUCAUUCCACCUACUCCUUAAUCGAUUGUGCUACGCUAUGUGGAUAUUGUAUAAAUCAGUAAUUUUGAAUAUUUAAAAUAAUAAUUUAUUUAUUACGUCUGCUCUAAAUUGGCAUUUGUCAUAUAUUUAUGCUAUAUUAAGGGGGGGUGGGGGUGCCAUCUGCGAAAGGGGGGGUGGGGGUGCCAUUUUUUAGGGGGGUGGGGGUACCAUUAAAAAAGGGGGGGGGGUGGGGGGGUGGGGGUAUCACUUUUAGGGGGGGUGGGGGUGUAGGGUUGCUACCUGUGCUUGACCAUAUAUUCUCCCAGGAAACCCUAUAUUUACACAGCAAUGGAAACUCCAAGGAAUGUACGUGAAAUGUGAAGGGCAAAUCAAUAUUGCAAUGAAAAUCAACCCUAUGCUUGAGUACAUGGAAAACGCUUUGACUCUUCUAAAUCUCCCAUUGCUAGAGCAAUAUCUCCAUCAAGACCACUUAGGCUAUAUGGAGAAAUUCCAUGACCGCUAUUUGUAUUAUUUUGAGUGGCACGGGAAGAAUAUUUGAAGAUAUGAUAUUGAUAGAGAAUUUUGGGAGCAAGCCAAAAUGAGAAAUAAAUUAGCGCUGAAAAGAGAUAGAGGAGGGGAUUGGAGCUUUAAUUGAAACAGCAGACUUGUGUAUCUAUCCAAAGGCUCAAUUAUGAUAAUUGGUGGAAGAAGCAGAGAAACUGGCAAUGAGAUGAGAGAUGUAUGGACAUUUUCACCACAGAAAUACCAUACACUAAAGAGUUAUAAAAGCAUGAUUUAUCCUAGAGAAUGCCCAACUUGUCUAUUAGUGAAUGAUUAUGUGUAUGUUCUUGGAGGAAAAGGUAUGAAAGAAUGCGAGAGAACUAAUAUAAAUACAAAGUCAUCUUGGCAGCCUAUAGCUUCUAUGUAUUACAUCCGCCAUGAAGCUGCAGCGUGUACUGCGCUGGAUUCUACUUAUAUUUAUGUUUUUGGAGGAGAGCCAAUCACUCCAACUGGUAACACAAUAGAGCGGUAUAAUAUUCUAUUCAAUCAUUGAGAACUUUUAACUACUACAAUUCCAAGACCACUAGCUAGGCUCUCUGUUUUUCCUAUUACUAAUAGAAGAAUUGCCAUUAUGGGAGGAACUGGCUCUCACUGAGUCUUUGUAAUGUAUAUUGAAAAUUCCUUAGAUAUGCAAGGAAUAGGAUAUAAUCCGCAAGGAGGUGCAGAGAUAUAUAGAAUUGAAGACUGUCUAAGGCCUUUAGAUGAGCCUACAGAGACUGCUUGGCCGAUUACUUUCUGUAGAUCUAACAAUACCCUUUAUCUUAUGAAUUUAAACAGAAAGGGAGAAGGAGACCAAAAACCAGGAGUAAUCAAGUAUCAGGUCGAGUAUUUCGAUAUAACUACACAUGUUGAUUAUUCUUCGAAACCGAGGGAAAUGAGAGCGAAAAUGAGGACCCCAUAUGAUUUAGGAAUAUUCAGAUAA